AUGUUGGACAUUAACUUGUUUCAAACGGAAAAGGGAGGAAACCCAGAGUUGAUCCGUGAAUCUCAAAGAAAGCGCGGUGCUGAUGUUGGCGUGGUUGACCGUGUUAUUGAAAUGUACAAGGAAUGGGUUGCUCUUCGUUUUGAGCUCGAUAAUACCAACAAGUCGAUGAAUCGUGCUCAGAAGGAAAUUGGUAUGAAGAUGAAGGCAAAGGAAGAUGCCUCUGAGCUUUUGGCUGAAAAGAAUGCCUUGACUGAAAGAAAAAAGAACUUGAUUGAACAAGAAACCGCCAAGAAUAAAGAAAUGCUCACUGUUGUUCAAUCUAUUGGUAACAUUGUUCAUGAUUCGGUCCCUAUUAGCAUGGACGAAGACAACAACGAAGUGAUUCGCACUUGGGCCCCUGCUGGUGUUACUGCUGAAAAGAGAGAUUGCCUUUCUCAUCACGAAGUAUUAACUCGUUUGGACGGUUACGAUCCUGAGCGUGGUGUGAAGGUUGCUGGCCACAGAGGCUACUUCCUCCGUCAGUAUGGUGUCUUUCUAAACUUGGCCUUGAUCCAGUUUGGUUUGGACUUUUUGUAUCAACGCGACUACACUGCCUUACAGGCUCCUACCAUGUUGAACAAAGACGUAAUGGCCAGAACUGCCCAACUGGAACAGUUUGACGAAGAAUUGUACAAGGUAGUUGAUGGUGAUGAGGAACGCUACUUGGUUGCUACCUCUGAGCAACCCAUCUCUGCUUACCACAGCAAUGAAUGGUUUGAAAAGCCUGCUGAGCAACUUCCCAUCAAGUAUGCUGGCUAUAGCACUUGCUAUCGCCGUGAGGCUGGAUCUCACGGACGUGAUGCCUGGGGUAUUUUCCGUGUCCACGCUUUUGAGAAGAUUGAGCAAUUUGUUUUAACUGAGCCUGAAAAAUCUUGGGAAGCCUUUGAUGAUAUGAUGAAUCAUGCUGAAGAGUUUUACAAAGCUUUGGAAAUUCCUUUCCGUGUGGUCUCCAUUGUCUCUGGUGCUUUGAACAAUGCUGCUGCUAAGAAAUUUGAUUUGGAAGCUUGGUUCCCUUACCAAGGAGAGUACAAGGAGCUUGUUUCUUGCUCCAACUGCACCGAUUAUCAAUCCCGUAAUUUGGAAAUCCGUUGCGGUGUGAAAAAGAUGGGUGAUCGUGAGAAGAAGUACGUUCACUGCUUGAACUCCACUCUUUGCGCUACUGAGCGUGCUAUUUGCUGCAUCAUUGAAAACUAUCAAACUCCUGAUGGUAUUAAUGUUCCCAAGGCUCUUCAACCUUAUAUGGGUGGAAAGACCUUCUUGCCUUUCACCAAGGAGCUUCCUAAGAACUCUACUUCCAAAAAGGGAAAGAACUAA